UUUUCAUGUCAUAAACUCCAAUAAUGUAGGAAACAUUUGUCACAACAUCUAUAUCAUUGUGUGAGAUGUACGAAAACUCCCCGAAAAUUAUAUUAAAUGAAGAGUAUUUGGAUUUAAGAAAGUGCCCAGAAAAUAAUAAAAUUAGUUCUAAAAAAAGCCUCGCAGAAACUAUAGCAUCUCGAAGAAGAAACAGUGCUUCAAUCCGAAAAUCUGCUUUAAGAGCGGAUGGUCUCAGAUACGAAAAAGAUGAUGCUCGUUACAGGUUGAUCAACUGCGGCUUGAAAAAGCUCGUAACCUCCUAUAAUGCCACUGCUAGUAUGUAUGAACGAAAAAACAGUCCUGCACCAAAGAGGAAGAUUUCUUUGAGGGAGAACUCUAUGUGCGAUCCACGAUUCCGUAGACUUGUAGUUCCUGAAGAAAAAGUUUGCCUGAAGUCGCAGUCUGAGCUUUCCAUGUUGCCAAGAAAGUUGAACGUAGAGCCCAACUGUCCGAGCACCCCCGUAUUUCAAAGCAAGAAAACCUCGAAUAUUGAAAUUGGUGAGGAGUUAAGCAGGGUGGAACCCACAAAAAAUAAAUGUACGAUGACCAAGAAUGUUGAAGAUUGUGAAAGUAAAGCACUGAGUCCGAGGGUUACGCAUCAACGAUCGAAGUCACGGGAUUUUUACCGUUAUAUGAGUGCGAACAGUCCGGUAGAAAGUACUCUAGUGGCAACUCCUCUACAGCAAUUGAACAAGCCCACAGACCGAUAUGUUGAUUGUAGACUACAAGAGAAGUACUCAGUGUUGAAAAUGCCUUGGCGAAGGACGUGGACAAUACCAGUAUUCUCCCCCAAGAGUACUUCGACUUACAACAAACACGGAGGCGACAACUUCGAUCGGCAAACGUAUCUGUACGAUGAUGGAACAGAAAUAGAUUCUUCCUACAUGGAAGGUCAAAAUAAGCAGUUCUCCAAUGCAAUCCAAAAUCAGUGUGUUACCUUAUUUCUGAUCGGAGGAAGUGUAUGCGGGAUAUUACUGGUAUCGCUGUUGAUAUGGUUAGUAUUCGGUCACAACUUGCUUCACUAUUUAUUCACGCCCAGAGAAACCGACCACAGCAUGAAAGCACAUAUCAAAUACGUAGCCGGAGGAAUCAUCAACCUAGUUACGACUUUUUUUCAUGUGAUCGGGACAGUAUUGACAAUACCAGUAAGUAUCAACAAUAUUUCUUGAAUUUUACAAUUUUUU